AUGUCGGCAUCGAUGCCACCAUCAUUGACAUGGUUGUCAAUGUCAAGCUACUUUGAUGAUGUUCAGUCUCUUCCACCAGGGCUCACCUUUCUACACCUUGACCAUUCGGCCAGGAUACUACCUGGUGCACUGCCCCACUCUUUGACGCAUCUCAUAUACGUAGAUCAAGCCUACUCUGUAGAUCGUUCGGCUGGUACCAUUUCUGUCAGGCCCGGUACAAUCCCACCAUCAGUCACUCAAUUGACCAUUGGAAACAUUGUGCCAUAUGGUGACGCAUCAAACAAGGCAGUACCCCUGCUUCCCAACUCAAUCACCGACCUGACCUUUAGUGAUUACUGCAAUCAACCUCUGGGCAAUAAUGGUGGGAUCAUAAUCCCAGAGGCAGUUACCAAGUUAUCAUUUGGACAUUGUUUCAAUCAGAGAGUCAACCCUCACUUACUUCCAUCAUCAAUCACCAAGUUAUCAUUUGGAUUCAACUUUAACCAACCUUUAAGAUUCAAUUCAAUACCACCAUCAGUGACAAGAUUGAGAUUCGGAGAGUCUUUCAAUCAAGUACUACAUCCUGGUACAUUGCCAUCAUCAUCAUUAAUACACUUAUCGUUUGGAUUUGAUUUCAAUUGUCCAUUGGCAGUCGGUUCGAUACCAAGUACAGUCCGAUUCCUAAAGUUUGGGGAUCGAUUCAAUCAAUCAAUAUCGAAUCCAAUACUUCAAGAAUCAUUGACCAAUCUUAAGCUUGGCUACAAGUUUGACAAGAUGUUGGAUGUGCCGAAAUCAUUGGUCAAGUUGAGGAUUGGACGAUUUGGUCCAUACCAUCAGGACCCAAACGACGACUCACACAAUGUCAAGUUGUUAAAGAGAAUACCCAGAGACCAGAUCAAGACAAUACAUUUGGACACAAAGCCAUCAUCACUCAAACAUAUAUCGAUUGGAAUGGGACAUUACCAACACAUAGUUAGUGUCAAUGAUCAGCGUAGACUCAACUUCACCAUCGUACAUCACAAACCAUUAUUAAUAUCACUUGAGUUUAGAUCUAGGAGUUUGUCAUCAGUCAGGUAUCCACCUUAA